UUCUGUUGUCCUUUUUCUUUCUUUGUCUUUGUCGAGUAACCCUACACUAUCCGCACUGGAGCAAUUUCAUGUAGCAAGAGUACAGAGGUCUCCUAUGCCUGGAUUAAUACUAAAUGGGGAAGUUAUAGACAGUAAGUCAACCAAGGUCAGGCGAGGCGAGGCCAUGUCGGAGACGGCGGACGGGAUGGGCUUCGAGACGCGGGAUCGUCCCAGAUUUACGAGCCAUCAUGCGCACGCAAAAUCCGCCCCGUCCUUUUCGAAAAGCCAGGCCGCUAAAAAGUCAUACCAAACGCAGGCAAUCUCUGGUAGUGUUGCGAGCGAGUGAAGAAUAGGUAGUGGCUUGGGAAAGUCGACGGGAACGCAACGAGAAACGCAAAUCUGACGAUGCGGUCACGAGCAAAGGCCAAGUGGCUGGCUUCCUGGCUCUUGCAUGAUCUAUGGCUUCGUACCGCAUCUGUGGGUUCAUGCUGCACGCUAAGGUCACGGGCCUCGGGAUAGACACCAGCGUCU